AUGUUGUCUCACUGCGCUUUGUCAGCGGCAACACAAUCCCUAGAGUUACUUCCCCUCUUCCAAAACAUUAACAACUCAUACUUACCUGGUACAGGGGAUACCGCUAUCAUGGCCACCACUGCUACAAGUAUGGAUCAUAUCGAUAUCGAUAUUUUGAAGAAGUCUGUCAGAUUGUUCGUCACCGGUCCAAGGAAACACACUGUUACACGUUUUGAAGUCUUGAAGCGAUUACUGAAUGGUGGACUUCCCGGGGAGGAGAUUGUGUCCGUGUUCAGGUGCGAAGCUCCAAACACCUGGUUUGUUACUUUGCAAUCCGAGGCAGUGGUCGACAGUAUUGUAGAGAAAGGCGCUAUGAAGGACACUUAUUUCGCACUUACACCGGAGCGAUGCGACCAACGCCGGAUAUCUUUGCGUGUAAUGUGGCUCCCGUCUUGGAUAUCAGAUGACGCCAUAGCGGACCAUUUCGAUAGCUACUAUGGAAAGGUCAUUAACAUAGCUAAAGAAAAGACUUCCAUAGGGAAAGUCACUUUGGAGACGGGGACAAGAAUCGUCACGUUACUGAUAAAGGAAGGCGACCAGGACAGGAUACCUUAUCGCGACAGACUGUUCGGUAAGGUGGCCCUGAUUACCGUUCCAGGCAGACCUCCCAUUUGCCUGCGCUGCCAGCAGGUCGGACACGUGAGGUCUCAGUGUCCCGGGAAACCCGAGCCUACGACUCGGGCUAGCUACGCUAAGGUAGCCCAGUCUUCAUCUCAGUCUAUCCCGGGUAUGGGCCCUACGCCACUUCGAGAGGAGUCAGAGGCAACACAGCUAAACAGUUCUACCGUGAGCCCCUCGUCCGGAGGGAGCGGUCCCGCUACGAGCCCCUCAUCCGGAGGGAGUAGCCUUACCGAGAGUCCCUCUUCCGAAAGGAAUAGUACUGCCGCGUGCCCCUCGUCCGGAAGUAGCGAUAACCCAACAUCCCUACCGACAAAGCGCCCGGGCCCCGUCAUAGAUGAUGCCGGAUUCCAAAGGGUUACAAAGAAGGGGAAACAUUCAUCAAUAUCCCCGGGCAUCCUGUCAAAUGGCGACCUAGUACAUGGACAUAGAUGUAUCGACGACCGGAGUGAUUCCGACAUGUCGGAUGAGGAUCACCUGGUUAUUGACGAGGAGUCUGGGUAA